AUGCUCCCUGGAUCCUGGGUCCCCACGACCUCGAUGGCCCCAGGUCCCGCGCCUUCUGAUACAAAGUAUCUCGCCAGCCAAGUGCAGAGGCGGGUGCCGACUCUUGCUAGGUGCCGUCCUGGCGGGCCGGCCGCUGGGGGAAGCUGCGGUGAGCAGGUGUCUCCGUGUAACCCGGGAGCUGAGGCUGCAGCUGCGGCGGCGGCGACAGCAGUGAAGCCGCCUCGAGCUCCCCGUCGUCGACUCUCCGGGGCCUGGGCGGGAAGGGCCGGGCCCCGUCGUCAUUGGGCCGCGAUGAUGAGCGAUCCCGGCCAAAGGGCGACGACUGGGCCAGCGGAAAGGGGAGGGGCCGGCCCGCGAGGCACCGCCCCCGGGACCGGCCGGGCGCGCGCGGCAGCCUCCACCUCGUCCCCGGGCCGCGGCACCGGGUACCCCCGGGCUGGGCGCCGGGUCCCGCCGGCCGGGGACUGGACAGCGCCGCGCCGAGGUGCCAGGCCGUGGGAAGGUGACCCACGGCGGCAGGACGCGAACCCCUUCCGGUCCGGCCCGCCGGGCGCUUCCGGCAGGAAGGGGCUCGGUCCCGGGAGGGGGCCGAAGGGAAGUCCCGCCUCUACCGCGGACGCCGUCACUCACGGGGCCGGGACGGGAGGGGCGGACAGGUCCGGUUCCGGAGCUGACAUGAUCGAAGUAGUGGCAGAGCUGAGCCGGGGUCCUGUGUUCCUGGCGGGGGAGGCGCUGGAGUGUGUGGUGACGGUCACCAACCCGCUGCCCCCCACGGCCACCUCGGCAUCCAGUGAGGCUCUGGCCUGGGCCAGUGCCCAAAUCCACUGCCAGUUCCAUGCCAGUGAGAGUCGAGUAGCACUGCCUCCCCCAGACUCCAACCAGCCAGAUGUUCAGCCUGAGAGCCAGACUGUCUUUCUCCCACACCGAGGUGAGAGGGGUCAGUGUAUCCUUUCCACUCCACCAAAAAUCCUAUUCUGUGACCUGAGGCUAGAACCUGGGGAGUCCAAAUCAUAUUCCUACAGCGAAGUGCUACCCAUAGAGGGACCACCCUCCUUCCGAGGUCAGUCAGUUAAGUAUGUCUACAAAUUGACCAUUGGCUGCCAGCGUGUCAACUCACCCAUCACGCUACUCAGGGUCCCUCUGAGGGUUCUUGUGCUGACUGGCCUUCAGGAUGUCCGGUUUCCCCAGGAUGAGGCUGUAGCCCCAUCCAGUCCAUUCUUGGAGGAGGAUGAAGGGGGGAAGAAGGAUUCAUGGCUAGCUGAGCUGGCUGGGGAGCGCCUCAUGGCUGCCACAUCCUGCCGCAGCCUCCAUCUAUACAAUAUCAGUGAUGGCCGAGGAAAAGUUGGGACAUUUGGCAUCUUCAAAUCUGUAUACAGACUUGGCGAGGACGUGGUGGGAACCUUAAACUUAGGGGAAGGAACUGUAGCUUGUUUGCAGUUUUCAGUAAGUUUGCAGACCGAGGAGCGUGUACAGCCAGAGUACCAGCGGCGCCGCGGGGCAGGGGGUGCCCCCUCUGUGUCCCAUGUGACUCAUGCCCGACACCAGGAGUCCUGCCUCCAUACAACCAGAACCAGCUUCUCCCUCCCCAUCCCUCUCAGCUCCACCCCAGGCUUCUGCACUGCCAUUGUGUCCCUGAAGUGGCGCUUGCAUUUUGAAUUUGUAACAUCCCGAGAACCAGGUUUGGUGCUCCUACCUCCUAUGGAACAGCCCGAGCCUGUCACCUGGACAGGGCCUGAGCAGGUGCCUGUAGACACCUUCAGCUGGGACCUCCCCAUCAAGGUGCUGCCCACAAGCCCGACCCUGGCCUCAUACGCAGCCCCAGGCCCCAGUACCAGCACCAUAACCAUCUGAAACUGGCCCACCACAGCACUCCUUUCUUCAGGAUCCUGAGAACUCAGCACCUGGACUCUAGUAGGGCCCAUUUUUUCCACCUGGGGCCCAAUGACACGGACAAUGAGAAGCAGGCUUUCAGCUGUAGCAUUAAUUUAUUUAUUCAGAAUAAAUUGGCAGCUGCUAGUGGUUUCCCUGGAAGUGGCAGCAGCAGUGGGCAGUCAGCAGAAGGGUGAUCAGUUGAGUUUAGCCGGAAUGGGGAGCAGGAGCCCCAGGAACAGGGGUAUUAGCCGAGCCCCACUCUGGGUCAGGCCCUCCCCCUUUGCAGGGCAGCCGAGGGUCAGAUUUCUGUACCAGGGAGAAUUGGCAGGUUCCUGCCUCCUGUCGUACCUCACACUCAGCAGGGAAGUCGAUGGGAUGCUGGGACCUGGGGACCCAAAGGAUGGGGAAGGAGUCAGCACAGUGAAGGGCCACCUUUCCCUCCCCACAUUCCCUUUCUCCCAGCAGUCCUCCCAGAUCUUCCCCUGGUGCCCCUUUGAUCCCCCUAACUAAAUUCUCACCUACCAUA